AUGGGCGCGACCCACGACCCAGCAGCCAACAGCUACUUCAUGGCUAUCGCUGGGAAAUUUAAUGAUGGCGCACAGCAUUUUGAGGCACAACUCGACUCAAGCCAGCAAGAAAUCCGAGUGCUGGUCCUGCACCCUGGGAACUUUCAUGACCCGAUAAAUUGCACGCUGGGAACCGUUUCCCUGAAGAGUUGCCCGCAUUUCAACGCCUUGUCGUACGUUUGGGGAGACUCCCGCCUGAGGGGCGACAUCGUCCUCAACGGCGUUCCUAUCACCGUCACCCGCAACCUGGAAACAGCCCUCCGCCACCUGAGAAGCCACCCGAAACAUCAUGUCGACACCACGGCGACCCCUCUCUGGGUCGACGCCGUGUGCAUCAACCAGGAGGAUUUUGAUGAGAGAAACGAGCAAGUGCGGAUGAUGAGGGACAUCUACAGCCUCGCAGAUCGAGUAGUCAUAUGGCUGGGCGAGGGCAACGCCGAUUCCGACUGGGCCAUGGAGCGCUUCAGCGACCACAGCUUCCGUGAUUCCCUUCCCUCUCUGGGCGCGGAUCCUCGUCGUCUCACAGAUGACCAGGUCAAGGCCAGUUUGAUAUUGGGGGAGAAAUCUGGGCCGCCGCCCGUGGUGGACGAGGAUCUGGGUUCUCCAGGAGAUGGUUCUGGCCUCCAAAGACCCGGUCCUGCAAUGAAUUGCAUCGAGUCGACCGAGAAAGGUGAGGGAAUCGCUAGACAGGUCAAAUCGCUCCCUUUCAUCAUCACCUCCAUUUACCGGUGGGUACGGAUCCGUGAGCGAUACCAUCAGCUGGGACCAAUGGCUUUCACGGAGAUCUUCCCGGCCUUGUUGUCCUGCCGUGCGACCGACAAUCAUGAUCUCGUCUACGGAACGUUAGGUCUUGCUUCACUUGAGGAGUCAAUGAAGAUCACCAUCGACUACCGAAAGCCCGUAGAAGAGGUCUACCGCGAGGUGAUGUCAAUCAUAUGGACUUCAAACCCUAUCACGUCGUUACGCGGGGCACAAUCCAUUAUGUGGCUCGGAGAUGACACUGAAGACGAGAUUUCAUCCAUCCUCUCUCACACAAUUCCUUCAUUUUCCUUCAAUUUCCGCGGCGGCGAUGGUCCCUCCUGGAUCCCUGAUUUCGCGGCCCAGUAUGAUCUCGAGAGUGAGCCAUUUAGCGGCUCGGGCUUGCUCGGCAGCGGCCCUUGGAAUGAUCCAGAACAAGUCGAGAUAUCGCAAGAUAAACAAAUCCUCAGAGUCAGAGGCAUCAGGCUUGACGUUGUUGAUAAGGCGAUCCAUGUCUUAUGUUUCUAUGGCUUCAGCCCAGAUCAGACGGAACCAGGCGACGUUAAUCUCCUAAAGAGCGCUGAAAAGAUGAUAACGGAGGGCAAACAACGAUCUGUACCAAGAAGCUCACAUUUGCACCCCUUGGACCAAUUACGCCACCGACAGAAGGUCCCAGAAUUUCUUGCGUUGGCCGAAGACGCCAUCGCGUCCGACCCAGAACUUGACCUGAACAUGCUCUGGGAGGUGCUGCUCGAGAGACAGGAGAUGCCCCGGUCUUGGCUGCCUGAGGAGAGUCGGGAGGAAGAGGACCAUGAUGAAAUCAAGACGGCCAUGCUCAGCCCGCUUGUUGAAGGUCUUGACCGUAGAUUGAGCACUCGCAAAGUCUUCAUCACGGAGUAUGGCUUCGCAGGGGUGGGGACAGCAAAUCUGGAGGAACAAGACAUUCUUGUUUUACCCUCCGGAGCUGCGUGCUUCUAUAUACUCCGUCCGGCGUAUGAAGGUUACCAGAUGAUUGGAUUCGCCUAUGUCUCGGGGCUAAUGGACUUCCAGCAGCUUCGAGCUUGUUACGAGCAAGGAGUAUUGGCUCUUCAAACCUUUGAUAUUUGUUAG